AUGAGCAUACCCGCAUCGCCUAUGCUUGUCAAUGGAGUACCCUCUCGAGCACAGACACCCUUUAUUCGCGCCUCAUCACCCUCACCUUCUAUCGAACUCAGUCACGCAUCGGACGAACAAGAAUUUGCCACACGUCUGGUCUCGGCUAUCCGUGUUCCUGUCGACUUCACAGAUAUCCUCGUCGCCUUGCGAAAUCGCCCGCAAGAUCGACAAGCGGUGGUUUCCAUGCAAUGA